GAGUCAGCCGGGCUCGGGCGGAGAGAGGAGCUGCUACGCCACAGCCCAGCGGCGGCCAUUCGCGGAAAAAGAGGCAGAGCCUGUGCCAGCUACAGCCUCCUCCGAGCCACCGCGGGCGGGCGGGACCGGCCUCUCCUCCCGCCUCGCCCCCACCCCCACCCACCUCUAUCCCAGUGUCUCUGAGAGGGUUUGUCCUGUUAAUGCGGGAUGAGCGAUCAGAAGAAGGAGGAGGAGGAGGAGGCGGCAGCGGCGAUGGCUACAGAAGGAGGGAAAACCUCUGAGCCAGAGAAUAACAAUAAAAAACCCAAAACCUCAGGCUCCCAGGACUCUCAGCCCUCUCCUCUGGCUUUACUGGCAGCUACUUGCAGCAAAAUAGGGACUCCUGGUGAAAAUCAAGCAACUGGACAACAGCAGAUUAUUAUAGAUCCAAGCCAAGGAUUGGUGCAACUUCAGAAUCAACCACAGCAGCUAGAACUGGUGACAACGCAGCUUGCUGGAAACGCUUGGCAACUUGUUGCCUCCACUCCUCCUGCUUCAAAAGAAAAUACCGUUUCUCAGCCAGCUUCUAGUUCAUCUAGUUCUUCCAGCAGUAAUAACGGGAGUUCCUCUCCCACAAAAACUAAAUCAGGUAAUCCUUCCACCCCUAAUCAGUUUCAAGUCAUACAAGUACAGAAUCCAAGUGGUAGUGUACAGUACCAAGUGAUCCCCCAACUUCAGACGGUGGAAGGUCAGCAAAUUCAAAUCAAUCCAACUAGUAGUUCAUCUCUACAGGAUUUGCAGGGUCAAAUUCAGCUCAUUUCUGCAGGUAAUAAUCAAGCUAUCCUCACAGCUGCUAACAGGACAGCUUCUGGGAAUAUUCUUGCUCAAAACCUGGCAAAUCAGACAGUUCCAGUACAAAUUAGACCUGGUGUUUCAAUACCAUUGCAAUUGCAGACCCUUCCUGGUACUCAGGCUCAAGUUGUAACAACCCUACCAAUUAACAUUGGAGGAGUGACUUUAGCUUUGCCAGUAAUAAAUAACGUGACUGCUGGAGGAGGGACUGGACAAGUCGGCCAGCCUACUACUACUACUGAUAGUGGGACUUCCAAUGGGAAUCAGUUAGUUUCUACGCCCACCACCAGCACUGCUACCGCCAGUACUAUGCCUGAAUCUCCCUCUUCCUCUACUACCUGCACAACCACUGCAUCAACAUCUCUGACAAGCAGUGACACAUUAGUGAGCUCAGCAGACACAGGCCAGUAUGCAAGCACAUCAGCCAGUAGUUCUGAACGCACCAUUGAAGAACCACAGACACCUGCUGCUACUGAGCCUGAAGCCCAGAGCUCCAGUCAACUUCAGUCCAAUGGGAUACAGAGUGCACAGGAUCAGUCAAAUUCUCUUCAGCAAGUACAGAUUGUAGGCCAGCCUAUCCUGCAGCAAAUCCAGAUCCAGCAGCCUCAGCAGCAGAUUAUUCAAGCUAUACCGCCACAGUCAUUUCAGCUCCAGUCAGGGCAGACGAUUCAGACCAUCCAGCAGCAGCCUUUGCAGAAUGUUCAACUUCAAGCAGUAAACCCGACUCAGGUGCUUAUCAGGGCUCCAACUUUAACACCUUCAGGGCAAAUCAGCUGGCAAACUGUCCAGGUCCAAAAUAUUCAAAGUCUUUCAAAUUUGCAAGUUCAGAACGCUGGGUUAUCCCAGCAGUUAACCAUCACCCCAGUGUCUUCAAGCGGUGGCACAACUCUUGCUCAGAUUGCUCCUGUGGCUGUUGCUGGCGCCCCAAUAACUUUGAAUACUGCCCAGCUUGCAUCAGUGCCUAACCUUCAGACAGUGAGCGUUGCCAACCUGGGUGCUGCGGGUGUUCAAGUUCAGGGAGUUCCAGUAACAAUCACGAGUGUUGCAGGUCAGCAGCAAGGACAGGAUGGAGUGAAAGUCCAGCAGGCUACUAUAGCUCCUGUAACGGUGGCAGUUGGAGGGAUUGCUAAUGCGACAAUAGGUGCUGUUAGUCCUGACCAACUCACACAAGUGCAUUUGCAGCAAGGCCAGCAGACCUCUGAUGCAGAGGUGCAACCUGGCAAGAGGCUCCGAAGAGUUGCCUGCUCGUGUCCUAACUGUAGGGAAGGAGAAGGAAGGGGCAGCAGUGAACCAGGAAAGAAGAAGCAGCAUGUUUGCCACAUUGAAGGGUGUGGGAAAGUGUAUGGCAAGACCUCUCACCUCCGAGCACAUCUCCGCUGGCACACUGGAGAAAGGCCUUUCAUAUGUAACUGGAUGUUUUGUGGCAAAAGAUUCACACGGAGCGAUGAGCUUCAGAGACAUAGAAGGACCCACACAGGUGAAAAGAGAUUUGAAUGUCCAGAAUGCUCUAAAAGGUUUAUGCGGAGUGAUCACCUCUCCAAGCAUGUCAAAACUCACCAGAAUAAGAAAGGAGGUGGGACAGCUCUUGCCAUUGUUACCUCCGGAGAACUGGACUCAUCUGUUACAGAGGUGCUUGGCUCUCCACGGAUUGUCACAGUUGCCGCCAUUUCUCAAGAUUCGAAUCCAGCAACUCCCAAUGUUUCAACAAACAUGGAAGAAUUCUGAAAAGCUAUUUAUAACAAAGACCUCUAGUGCUGCACUUAAGUUUACACACCUUUGAAAAUCUGGAAAUGGGCUGGUCAAGUGGAUUACAGAGUAGGAAAUCACGUUUGCAUCCUUGGCAUCUUUAAGUAUUCCAGGGAUUUUGGUUCAACACAUAAAGUGUUGAAUUUUUAAAAAUAGGAAAAGAAAACCAAUAUACUGGAAACAGAAAAGUAUUUCUUCCAUGGUAUAAGUUGCUGUAGUUUUUUGGAAAUACAUCACAUAACCUUUAAACAGAAUCUUCUUCCUUUAACAUCCUGUGUUGUUGACAUGUCUAAAGAGACAGACCACACUAAUUUGCAGGCUGGGCCUUAAUUGGACUUUCUCUGUUUGGAAGAACUUUGUUAAAAUUUUAGUCAGUAAUAACAUACAUUUCUUCUACUGUCUAGCACAGAAAACAGAUUGUUAUCUGACAAUAGGGAUAAUACUGUGUUUCUUUAGCUUGGUUUUUGGAAAUACCUAUUCAAAAAUAGUUUUGGCCGUCUUUUCUAAAUAUCAAAAUUCUUCAAAAGUUGAAUUAGGAUACAUUGUUCCAAAAUAGUAAUCUGAGCUGUGUCUCAGAUCUUUAUUACACUACAUUGUAGUAGUGUGUGUGCAGACAAUCAGUGAAACCCAAUUAUUUUCUCCAUUUUGGAGAUAAAAGAGGACCUUAGAGCUAAAUCUUAGGUUAAAUUUUAGAUUGAAACCUUAGGAAAAUGCUGGGGGAAAAUGUGUUAGAACAGAAUUGAUGAUAGCCUCAGAAAGGCAAGACAAAGCAGUUUAACAAUAUUUUAAAGUUAGGGUUGACUGUGUGCCUAACCAUGUGUUCAAUACCGAAAUUUCAUUUUAAAUGUUCAUAUUGGAAAUACUUGCAUAGAUUAUAGAUCUGUGUAAUUUCAUAUUCUGUAAAUACGAGUUAUGUUGACAAUAUGCAGGAUUCUUUAUGCUUUGGUAGCCAAAGAAAGAAUUAUCAUACUUUUCAAGGCCAGCAGAAAAUUAUUUUUAAUUACAUUAUAAUCUUUUUUUUUCUUUACUAAAAAUUGGCAAAUCCCAUUUUAUUUCUAGUAUUGUGUUAGGCUAAUUAGGAACAUGUAUCACAGUGAUAUCUUUAUGUUAUAUCAAUAGCAGAAUUUUCCCUAAAGGUCUAGACAGCUUAACAAAUGUAUAAUAGAUACGAUAUUAUGAAGCAAAAAUUAUUUUUGGAAAACCAGAAUACUUUUCAGUCAAAUAUUGACUGAAAAUAUAUUUCAUUGUGCAAGGGUCUUAGAGAGCAGUGUCUUAUUAGGAAAGAUGGCCAAACGUUUCAUAUGAAAAACAAUCGGAUUAUUCUAAUAGAUUAGACAUUGGUAAGACACUUCAUGUUUUUAGAACGUAUUUACAAAGAAUCAUAACUAUUGAACCCAGACCAUUUGGAAACUAAAGUUUUUACCUACUUCCUUUUUUACCAUCAUUGGUUUGAAUAUAGGUAUAUGGUUUCUUGUUUAUUCUUUAUUAUUUUAGGAAAAGUACUACUCAUGAGAAUUCUCUUCCAAAAUUGUGAUGUUUCAUGUAUUUUUUGAUGAAGGAGAAAUACUGUAAUGAUCACUGUUUACACUAUGUACACUUUAGGCCAGCCCUUUGUAGCGUUAUAUAAAACUGAAGGUCUUUUGUGCUUUCGGUUUGUAUAAAAAAGCUUUGAGAUUAAAGGAAAAAAAUUUUUACACUGUGGUUAUAAAUUUCAAGUUUCUUAAAGCUUUUGUAGACUUGUAACAAAGUCUUUAAAUUUUAGUUGGAUUUUGUAAAUUGUUUUGUAUAUUUUAUUUAAUGUACUCUUAACAGCUGAUGGAUCUGGCUUUAAAACAUCAGAAUCAGUUUGUUGUUUUGUCUGGUACAGAGGAGCAUUUGGUAAUGUUAAUUUUAAUUUUAUUAUAUAGGAGCUGAAACAUCAAAUAUAUUUUAUCUAUCAUGCUACACAAUCAGUGCUAUCAAUUUUUUUUAUGCAAAGAGACUUUCUUAAUGUUUUAAUCAUGUUUCCUCCAAGCGAUACUUUCUGUUGUUUGCACCAAGUGUGAGCGCUCUGCAUCACUGUUCCACAAGCCAGUUUUAUGCAACCCACGUACGCUCAUCAGAAGUGCAAGUUGUCCUCAUCAACAAUGAGGUCUAUUAUAUAUGUAUCAGACUGAAUCUGGAUAACCUUAGAGCAUAUAAAAUAACCUGUCAGCAGCACAUUUCACCACUGAAAUCAGACCUAUUUUGGCAGUCUGUUCUGCAUACCAUUCUGAGUCCACCUUCCUUUCUGUCUGACAGCAGUCGUAGAUUUCAGUGUCCUGUGUUUGACUCAGUGGGAUGUAGCUGUGGUAGGGCACAGAUACGCAGUACAGUCUCGUGAAGGGCAUUUCUCUGCUUACUCUCCUUGCCACCAUUAUGAAGCUUUUCUUUGUAAAAUUAUCAGUGCGAAGCUCUGUAUUUACCAUGGUAGAACUCCAGUGUUAGAAUAGUUUUCUCUUACAGUAUACUUUCUUUGGUUAGGUUUGUGUAUGUGUUGCUGAUUACAUUAGAAGUUGAUGUUAAGUCAUUAUUUAUCACACUCAUGAGAGCAGUAAUAAAAGUGUGUAAUCUAGGAGAAAAAGUUAAUUUGUCAAACUUAGAUAAGCAUGAUGUUUAGGUCCUAUUUUUCAAUUUUAUAACUGUUUUAUUGCAACAAUAUUUGUACUUAAGUCUCCAUUUUAAUGCCUUGUGGUGUUUUUUUAUGCAUGUCACUAAGUUGUCAUCCCACAUAAAUUGAUGUGCAGCAUAGGGUAUUAAAUCUACAUAAUGAUUUUAAAACAGAUAUAGUUGAUGGUAAAAUGUAAAUGUUUUGCAGAAAUUCCUUAUAAAAAGUUUCGUAGUAACAUUUCACUUGUAAAUUUUUGUAAAAAAGGAAAUGGACAAAAAAAGAUGAAUCCAGAAAAAAAAAAACCUGUUUUCCCAUAUUCUAGAAUUUAGACAAUUUAUUCUGCCAGCAAAGCCUCUGGGGCUGUAAUUGACAUUUUUACAGUGCUGAUUUGUAUAAAAUUUGUUUUUUGUGGAUUUGGAAAUAAAAUCAUGUACAAGUUGUUGCCUGCAGUAACAAUUGCAAGUAACCUAUUAAAGUCCCCUUGGGUUGAA